AUGGAGGCCAGCGGGAAGCUCAUUUGCAGACAAAGGCAAGUCGUUUUUUCCAUUCUCCUUUUGGGUUUAUCUCUGGCGGGCGCGGCGGAACCUAGACGCUAUUCUAUGGUAGAGGAAACUGAGGGCAGCUCCUUUGUCACCAGUUUAGCAAAGGACCUGGGUCUGGAGCAGAGGGAAUUCUCCAGGCGGGGGGUUAGGGUUGUUUCCAGAGGGAACAAACUACAUUUGCGGCUCAAUCAGGUGACCGGGGAUUUGUUGCUAAAUGAGAAAUUGGACCGUGAGGAUCUAUGCGGUCACACAGAGCCCUGUGUGCUACGUUUCCAAGUGUUGCUAGAGAGUCCCUUCGAGUUUUUUCAAGCUGAGCUACAAGUAAUAGACAUAAACGACCACUCUCCAGUAUUUCUGGACAAACAAAUGUUGGUGAAAGUGUCAGAGAGCAGUCCUCCUGGGACUGCGUUUCCUCUGAAGAAUGCUGAAGACUUAGAUGUAGGCCAAAACAAUAUUGAGAACUAUAUAAUCAGCCCCAACUCCUAUUUUCGGGUCCUCACCCGCAAACGCAGUGAUGGCAGGAAAUACCCAGAGCUGGUGCUGGACAAAGCGCUGGACCGAGAGGAAGAAGCUGAGCUCAGGUUAACACUCACAGCACUGGAUGGUGGCUCUCCGCCCAGAUCUGGCACUGCUCAGGUCUACAUCGAAGUCCUGGAUGUCAACGAUAAUGCCCCUGAAUUUGAGCAGCCUUUCUAUAGGGUGCAGAUCUCUGAGGACAGUCCAGUAGGCUUCCUGGUUGUGAAGGUCUCUGCCACGGACGCAGACACAGGAGUCAACGGAGAGAUUUCCUAUUCCCUUUUCCAAGCUUCAGACGAGAUUGGCAAAACUUUUAAGGUCGAUUUCUUGACAGGAGAAAUUCGACUAAGAAAACAACUUGAUUUCGAAAAAUUUCAGUCCUAUGAAGUCAAUAUCGAGGCGAGAGAUGCUGGAGGCUUUUCUGGAAAAUGCACCGUUCUGAUUCAAGUGAUGGAUGUGAACGACCAUGCCCCAGAAGUUACCAUGUCUGCAUUUACCAGCCCAAUACCUGAGAACGCGCCUGAAACUGUGGUUGCACUUUUCAGUGUUUCAGACCUUGAUUCAGAAGAAAAUGGGAAAAUAAGUUGCUCCAUUCAGGAGGAUUUACCCUUCCUUCUGAAAUCUUCUGUGGGGAACUUUUACACUCUACUAACAGAGACACCACUAGACAGAGAAAGCAGAGCCGAGUACAACGUCACUAUCACCGUCACUGACUUAGGGACACCCAGGCUGACAACACGCCUCAAUAUGACCGUGCUGGUCUCCGACGUUAAUGACAACGCCCCCACCUUCACCCAAACCUCCUACACCCUGUUCGUCCGCGAGAACAACAGCCCCGCCCUGCACAUCGGCAGCGUCAGCGCCACAGACAGAGACUCAGGCACCAACGCUCAGGUCACCUACUCGCUGCUGCCGCCCCAGGACCCGCACCUGCCCCUCGCCUCCCUGGUCUCCAUCAACGCAGACAACGGCCACCUGUUCGCCCUCAGGUCGCUGGACUACGAGGCCCUGCAGGAGUUCGAGUUCCGCGUGGGCGCCACAGACCGCGGCUCCCCGGCGCUGAGCAGCGAGGCGCUGGUGCGCGUGCUGGUGCUGGACGCCAACGACAACUCGCCCUUCGUGCUGUACCCGCUGCAGAACGGCUCCGCGCCCUGCACCGAGCUGGUGCCCCGGGCGGCCGAGCCGGGCUACCUGGUGACCAAGGUGGUGGCGGUGGACGGCGACUCGGGCCAGAACGCCUGGUUGUCGUACCAGCUGCUCAAGGCCACGGAGCCCGGGCUGUUCAGUGUGUGGGCGCACAAUGGCGAGGUGCGCAUCGCCAGGCUGCUGAGCGAGCGCGACGCGGCCAAGCACAGGCUGGUGGUGCUGGUCAAGGACAAUGGCGAGCCUCCGCGCUCGGCCACCGCCACGCUGCACGUGCUCCUGGUGGACGGCUUCUCCCAGCCCUACCUGCCGCUUCCGGAGGCUGCCCCAGCCCAGGGCCAGGCCGACUCUCUCACCGUCUACCUGGUGGUGGCGUUGGCCUCGGUGUCGUCGCUCUUCCUCUUUUCGGUGCUCCUGUUCGUGGCGGUGCGGCUGUGCAGGAGGAGCAGGGCGGCCUCAGUGGGUCGCUGCUCGGUGCCUGAGGGCCCCUUUCCAGGACAUCUGGUGGACGUGAGCGGCACCGGAAGCCUGUCUCAAAACUAUCAGUACGAGGUGUGCCUGGUAGGAGGCUCAGGGACGAAUGAGUUCCAGUUCCUGAAACCAGUAUUACUUAAUAUUCGGGACCAUUCUUUUGGGCCAGAAAUGGAAGAAAACUCUAACUUUAGGAAUGGCUUUGGUUUCAGCCUUCAGUUAAAGUAAUUGUUUUCAUAUUAUUUAUUUUAAUUUUUAUGAUCAAUUCAAAGUAAUGGUUUUCUGUCAACAUAGCAUAAAUUUUAAAUUACACUAAAUUUGCCCAUAGUAUUUGUCUUGUUUUCACUGUUUUAAAAAUUAUCUCAUCUUCUCUUCAUUAGUAUAUCCAGUGGACUCUAAUCAUAAUUCUUUAACAGUGCAAUUUUAAUUAAAAUGUACAUAGUAAAAUGCACAGAUCUGAAGUGAAGAAAUUAAUGUAACUUAUCUUUUUAAGCCUUUAUUUUUUGAUUUCUAAUCUAGCUACAAUUUAGUUAAAAGUGGUGUAGAGAAUGUUUUACAUUUAUUGCCUUUUAAAUGUUUCCCCAUAUCCUAAGGGAGUUGACGUAUUAUCCCCUUUUUUAAAUAUGAGAAACUGAGGCUUAGAAAGGUAACUUGGCUGUGAGCACUGGCUCACACCUGUAAUCACAACACUUUGAGAUGCUGAGGCAAGCUGAACCCUUUGAGCUCAGUAGUUCAAGACCAGCCUGGGCAAUGGGGCAAAACACUGACACUAACAAAAAUACAAAAAUUAGCCAGGUGUGAUUGUGAACCUGUAGUCCCAAAUACUCAGGAGGCUGAGGUAAGAGGAUCCCCUGAGCCCAGGAGACAGAGACUACAGUGAGCCAAGAUUGUGCCAUUGCACUCCAGGCUAGGUGACAGAGUGAGACCUCAUCCCCCCUGCAAAAAACGAUUAACUUUCUGAUAAUUCUGAAGUAAUAAAGGUAAAAAUUUAAAAUAUAAUCUAAGUCUAACCAAUAUGCUAUAUGGUCAGGCAUUAACUGAUAGCAUUGUUUUUCUAACUAAGGAAGUGAAAUUUUUGUUAUUCCUACUCCUAUUCCAUGAACUAAACUCUCAUGUGAAAAUAUAAGUUUUAGUUUAUAGUUUCUUUAUACUACUCUGCACAAAUAUACCCAUGUUCUUAUUGAAGCUCUAAGUAUGCUGGGACAGAUACUACAAAUGAACUUUAUGAUGAGUGAAUUAACCUGAUUUAUGUUCCUGUACCUUCUCUAUAUGCCAUAUCCAUUAUUAAAGAAAUGAGUCUAAGUAAGAAGUAGA